AUGUAUAAAGUUUGGCCUUUUACGAGUUGGGGAUUGGGCAUAAAAAGCAUAAAUAUUCCCUCAACGAUCCAAAAAAGGUUGCUCAAAUUCUUACUCAAAAGGGCCUUGGGUCAAUUUUUAGCUGAAGAACUAGAUCUCGAUAACCUUGAGGUUCAACUGGGCGAAGGGCUGCUUCAACUAAAAGAAUUACAACUAAAUGUGGAGGUAUUAAAUGAUCUUGUUACUGAUUUACCAGUGGUUAUAACAGACGGAAAAAUUGGUGGCAUCAUCGCUAAGAUUCCAUGGAAAAAUAUAUGGAAAAGCGACUUUGUUUUGGAGCUUCAUAAUUUACAGAUUACUGUCGUUCCUGAAUAUGCUAAGCCAAGAAAUGCAAAAUCUACUCCUGAAGACUCGCAUAUACUUUCAUCAUCAUUUCACUUUGCUGGUGAUUUUCUUCGUCAUGAAAUACCUCCCGAAGAAGAUGAAGAACUUCGAAAUUCUAUUUAUCAUUCUUUCCAUAAUAACGCGUUGCCAUCAGAAAGUCAGGAACUUGGAAGUUCAGGUCUUGAACAAUCGGAAACAUUACCACAGCAAUCUACCAUAAUUGGUGAUAAUGGUGGUAUAGAAGGUAUCCAAAUUUUGGCGCGGCUUAUCGAUAAAUUAAUGUCGAAUGUUAAAAUAAUUUUAAAGAACACGUGUAUACGACUUUCUCAUCAAUCUACUAUUUCACCUAGUGGAGAUGAUGGUAUUUCAAAUAAUAGUGAUCAACUUAAGGAUUAUUAUUUCGAUCUCGAGAUUCCGAUCAUUUCUUUUAAGGAUGAAAAAUCUGGAUUCGAUGAUGAAUCAGUUUCACCUAAUUCAACUGGUUCAGCUAACGUGACAUUACCUCCAGCACAACCUGAAACUGUAAAAUCUUUUUCAAUCACUGGAUUAAAUAUUUGGUUAAGAGAAGCAGCUAAUAAGGCUGUAAAUCAUUGGGUCCAACAACAAUCACCACCCUCGUUUAGUGGUGAAGAUCCUGAAGACAGUGGAGAUGAAUUUUUUGAUUCAUGUCAAGGGACGAGUUCAGAAAAUGAUGAUGAUCAAGAUCAAAUUAAUCCUUAUGAAGCCAUGAUCUUUUCUUGUGCAGAACAGGAAAAUUUAAUUAAAGUUACAUUGCGUCAAAACGCCCCUCCUGUUAUUCAAUUUGAUUCACAAAAUGCUGCUGCGUCAUACUUGUACACUCAAGAAGCUAUGCAACAAGCAAAUAGUACUCAAACUUGUGAAAUUCAAGGUGCUAUUCAAUCAUUGAUUGCUGUUUUGACUCCUAGCCAAGCAUCAUUAAUUGCAGAUUUAGUCGACGCGUUGUCAAAAAGUAAAUCUGCUGGCGAUAUUAGAUCUUCAAGUAGUACUGAAAGUGAUGACGAGAUUCAAGAUACUCCUCGUUUACAUAGUCAUAGAAAUAGUGAUAGAAUACCAGAAAGUAGCGUUGAUAGUAUUUUUAAUGAUUUAGGUCAAGACGUAACUUAUAGUUCAGUGCCUUCUCCCAUUCAAAACAAUGAUAUGGAUGAUCUCUUAUAUAAUUUAACUUCUCCUACUUCAAAUACACCUGGAUCAAUUCCGACUGUUGCACCUAGCAUGAAAAUUGAAUUCACAAUUCAUAAUAUUGAAAUGUUCUUUUUAUAUUCUGAUCCAUUACCUAAUUUUAUACCAGAAAAGAAAUUUUUCGAUACUCGAUUACCUGAAAAUUUAAACAUUAGUCAUAUAAAAAUCGAUGUUAAUGAACUAUCCUGCGAGAUUCAAAAAUGGGAUCCUGAGACUUUGAUCGGUAGUCUGAAACGAGUUGGAAGUGUGCCGAAUAUAAAAAGUUUGGAUACUGAGGAAAGCUCACGCAUAUUGAUAGAUAUAACAUUUGCUGAUUUUUCUAUAUCAGAAUGGUUAAAGAAUGACGACCCAGAAAUCGAAAAAUUAAAAACUGAGGUUACGCUUCCAAAUUUUAACACUUAUGAUCCUUUGUUAUUUUUUGAUCUUGAACUUUUGAAUUCUUAUCGUCCCGAAGAAUCAGAAUUUCCAAACUUUCCAGUAAAAAAUGUGGAUCAUUAUGGUUUUAAUAGAAAUACUGGAACAAAAAAAGCCGGAAGGACUACUUCUAGAUUUAAUAGAAGCAAUAACAACAUUUUCAAAGACGUCAUUAGAUUAAAAAUUAAUAUUACGAAUGUUUCUAAUGAAGGUAACUUGUCAUCAGCCGCCAAUACAGUAAAUUAUGAAGUUGCUGUUGAUUUAGAACCAGUGCAAUUACAUCUUGACCUCCGAAUAAUUGAUCGAUUGGAGAAUUAUUUAGUCGUUUUUUCUGGAGAUUCUAGAAAUAGCAUUUCUCGAGAAGAGAAAUCUGCAAAACAUAAAUUUAACGAUCAUUCGACAAGUCAAAAUAUAAUUGAUGACUUGGAUACACAAAGGUUGAAUGAGAAAAAUUUGGAAAAAUCUCAGCUUCGAAUCAAUUGUGACUUGAUUCGUUUUAUAUUACAUUGUCCAGAUUUGAGUGCUGCUAAUACACAUAAAAUUGUCGAAAAUUAUUGCAUACACUCUAAUUUAAUAAUAAUUGACAUAAUAAAUAUCAAUAUUGCAACUGGAAGUACGAAACAGCCAUGUGUAUCACGAACAGAAAGUUACGGUAUCCAACAGCAUUCUGAAUCCGAAGGACACUCUAACGAUUUGCAACAAAAUAGAAUGAGAAUAGAAUUUGGCGGAAUAAACAUUUUCUUAAAGGAAACUAAUGAUUCAAACGCUAAAUGUUUUCUUACUGGGAUGCCAUUAUUAACAUCACAUUCGACUCAUCUUCGGUCUAUGACUCAUAUUUCUCCAAUGUAUCCUAACUUUGAAAUCACUUAUAGACCCCCAAGAGCUAUCAAAAACAAAUUAUCUUUUAUUGGAAGCAAUAUUCGAUCUUCGCCAUUUUCACAAACUUUCACCUCAUUCGAAGGUGAAGAUCGUUCUAAUUGGCCAGCAGAAAACGAAGAGGAGGAAAUACUGAUAUUCAAACAAAGAACGAUCGAAAGUUCGUUAUUUGUGAUAAAUUGUAGUUUUCCUCUUACACGUGUUAGAGUUACAAAAUCUUCUUUUGAUGUUCUUCAAAUUUUGUUGAAUGAUUUGGUAUUAUGGCAACCUAAAAAUAGUGGUGCUGCUAAUGAACAAGAUAAUCACGUUAAUUUAGCUGGAAGUUACGAUUAUAGACCAUAUCAACCAGUUUAUGGAAUGGAUUCUUAUGAUUCUGAAAAUCAUAUGAGGACUGAGGGAAGCUUUAUGGGGUCUCGAAUGGACAUGUCAAUACCGUCGAGGCCUAGUCUCGCGUCAAUUGUUGUAUUUAUGACGAAAAUCGAAGUUGUUAUAUUAUGUGAUCCUGAAAAGCAAUCUGAUAAUCAUGCAGAAUCGGGGCGUACUUAUCAACUCAAUAUGUCAGAUUUCAGAUUUUUUACUGUCGUUAAACAUGAGGGAAAAAAUGAUACUUACGUUGUUCUUGAUAAUGAAUAUUUGGAUUAUUUGGAUAUAACCACCAAAGACAAAACACAAAUAUUAUGCCGUACAUUGAACAAGGGGUUGAAGGCAAAAAACACGCGCCCCAUGAUGUCUUUAAUAAUGCUUAUCUCUCUUGACGUCGUAGUAAACAUGAAGGAAGUGAAUUUAACUUUAUCUAUUAAUGGAAUAACUUUACGGCUUUCUCAGGAUACAAGAUGGAUAGAUGACUUAGUCGCAUUUCUUCAAGAACCAGAAAUGAAGACCUUUAUAGAACUUCCUAGUCAAUUUACAAAGUUGUCAGUGACUAUAAAUGAUUCUUCAUUAGACUUUAAUCCGAACAACAUUCCCGGGCGUAUUAUUCUGGUUCUUGAUAGUUUAAAGGCAUCGAGCAAUAUAAUAUCCGAAUCACCAAUGUUCAAUACAAAAUUAAUUGGUCAAAAUUUGGAUUUAAUGCUUGUCGGUGAUAAAAAAUCAAUUGAUGAGCGCGCAAUAAAUCGACUCGGCUCAUCAAUUAUUGAUGUUAAAAAGUACUGGCAGACUAUGGGAUUCGUUAAAGCCGCAUCUCUCGACUUUGUAGAAAUUCAACUUCACAGUACUAAAGCAGAUAUUUAUCCGAAAUUUGAGCUUGAUAUUACUAAUGAAAAUCUUACGAUCGAAAUAUGUGCGGAUACAUUUCAAACAAUAUUGAAUAUGAUUAAUCAUUUAACUCCAAAAGGAGAAGUUCCUGAAAAGGGACGAAAAGCUCCGCAUGUAACAACUGAUCCCAUUGUUCAGAAUAUGUUAGAAAACUUGGAUGAGCAUGCCUUCGAUUCAAAAGCAAAAUCCCGUGCCACACCCGCGAUGAUCGACGACAUAAAGAUAUCAAAAAUGUCAAACCGGAAUUCAGUAACCAAUUUAGAGUUUAUCGAGGAAUAUUAUGCGAUAGAAGGAAAUGAAUCAGAUGAAUUGGAUACUCAUACUUUUGAACAUCCCGUUAUGUAUGAUGACAAUGAAGGUAUUUUGAUUGAGCAGCCACUAUUUGCUGCUUCCUCCACAAAUGAAAUCAAUGAGGAUUUAGUCGAUUUAGAAAAUUCGGAAGAAGAUAACCGUAGGGAUGAUAAAGUUAAAAGGCUGGAUUCGCCUACUAUAGAAUUUGUGGAUGAUCAUUUUUCUAUACCUAAUGCAAACGAACCCGAGAAUUCCUAUAUUCAAGAGUUGCCAAAAAGUUUGACACGGAUUAGACUGAGAGAUUUUAAUCUCGUAUGCAAAUUGCAUGAUGGUUAUGAUUGGGAACGUAGUAGAAAGGAAGCGUUGGAUUCUUUGAAGCGUGCAAAUUCUCAAGCCAAGAAUGUAAAUGUUGUGGAGACAGGAACAGCGUCUGGUUCUUCGAUUGGAGAUAAUCCUUCAUUAGAAGAAAAUAAUAUAUAUAGUCAUAAUUACAACGCUCAAUUUAGAAAUUCAGAUUAUGACUUAACAUCUGAAGUUGAUUACACGGACGAUUAUAGUGAUACUGCUAGUCAAGUUAGCUCACGUUUGGAUCCUGACAAUACGAAUAUUCGAGAAGGUAAACGGCCUGAGCAUUCAAGUCGCCGAUCUCGACCAAAAUUAAGUCGCUCAAGCUCUAGCAAAAUAGACAUAAAACUUGAAAAGGUGAAUUUGGAAUUCGAUGUUUUCCCCGAUGAUAAUUUAUUAGCUUUUAGGCUGUUACUUCUUGUCCGAGAUAUAGAAAUUCUAGAUAAUAUAAAAACGUCUGCGUGGAAUAAGUUUUUAUCACAUAUGCGCCCGGAUAAUAAUACUAGCCCACAGUUACGAAUAAAGGCACGAUUUUUACCGCUAAGGUUUUAUAUUGAUCAAGAUGCCCUUCAAUUCUUGAUUCGAUUCCUUUCUUUUCAAGAUUCUACCAUUGAAAAACCUCCGCAGGUGGAAGAUGAUACUUAUUUCCAAUCUUUUGAGAUACAUCCACUUAAAAUGAAGGUCGAUUAUAAACCUAAGCACAUUGAUUAUACUAAUUUGAAGGAAGGUAAUUUAGUUGAAUUAAUGAACCUUUUCCAUUUUGAGGCUGCGGAAAUGACCUUAAGUAAUGUCAAGUUGACAGGGGUUAAAGGGUGUCAACGUCUAUUUGAGGAAUUGGGUGCAGCAUGGUUACCACAUAUAAAGAGCACACAAGUACCCAACGUAGUAUCUGGUGUAGCUCCAAUACGUUCAUUAGUUAAUUUAGGUUCGGGUGUUGCGGAUCUUAUUCUCUUACCAAUUGAACAAUAUAAGAAAGAUGGUAGGAUUAUUAGAGGUAUACAAAAGGGGACAGAGUCUUUUGCACGAGCUACAACAAUGGAAGCAAUCAGAUUUGGUACCAAACUUGCAGUUGGAACGCAGAUUAUGCUUGAACAUGCUGAUGAAAUUCUUUCUUUCGAAUCUCAAACUGGCAACAACACAAGGGGAAGUAUUAAUACUACAGUAAGUUCCAUAGAUGAGGAGUUUGAUAGCGAAGAAGAAAAUAUUAAGGAAUUAAUCAGCAAAUACGCUGAUCAACCAGCAGAUUUGAAUGAAGGCAUUGAAGCAGCUUAUAAGAGUUUACGAGCAAAUAUAGGUACUGCAGCUCAUACAAUAUUUGCUGUACCUAUGGAGGUAUAUGAAAAGACUGGAACACAAGGAACGGUCAAAGCUGUGAUACGAGCAGUUCCUGUUGCUGUUUUAAAACCUAUGAUUGGAGCUUCUGAGGCUGUAUCGAAGACGUUGCUUGGAUUACGAAAUACAAUUGAUCCCAAUAAAAAAUUACAAAUGGAAGAUAAAUAUAAGAAACGAUGA